AUGCUGUCAUCUCGAGUCAAACGCCGAAAAGCGCUCAACUCCGACUUUCGUGCUCUCGAAAGGCGGCGUCGGGUAUUCGCACCACUUGAGGUUGUCGCACUUGCCUUCGCUUGCGAUCUGCCCUUCGAGGACCAAUUGCGCAACUGGAUGGGAGGCAAUCGUAUUCUGGCGUAUGCGGCCAUGAGAAAACUGCGUAUAGUCACGGCGGAGUAUCUGCCUUUCCUCUUGCACGACCGCCCUCCGAAAGCUCGAAGAUUCGACCCGCUUCGCAUACCAUUGAAACCGACAGCAUCAUCGCCGGAUAUCGGUUUUGUUCUGCUAGCACUCUGCUUGAACUACUUGAAGGCUUGGAGCACUGUCAUCAUCCCGGUUCUGCAGAAGAAAGUCUAUGCUUAUAGCGCUGACCGCGAGACGUUACUGUCAGACUGCCAGAAGAUCCUGCAGGAUCUGAACGACGUGACCAUCGCGGAGGAGUUGGAUGAAAGGCUCAGUAUUGUGAAACGAGGGUCCAAAGCGUCACGGGAGGCGAACAGCACCGGUCAAACAGUUCGAACCGACCUCAUCCCUCCCAGUGGACCAGCAUCACCUGCACCCCCUUUCCUAAGCAACUCAUGGCCAGAGUCCCGCGCUGCUUCAUCAGAGCAAGUCUCAAAAGACAUGCCACUGCUGCUUGUUGAAGACUCGCGUAUCUCCCCUACUGAAGACGUUGGACGAUCGUCACCUCCCCCUCUGAUGACUGAUCAUGUGCAGGCAGAUGCCCUUGGACUGCCUUCGGGUAGAUAUACUGGACCAGACACCGAUAAGACAGUGCCCCGAACGACUUCGCAAUCGGACCAGAGUGCGCUCAAGGUGGAGACGUCAAUAACCUCGCAAGUACAGUCAUCAGCACCGCCAGAACAACCGAAGUUGAGACUUCAAUCGAAACUUCCCCGCGCAAACCCAAACGAGAACGUUCACUGGAAGCCACUCGACAAGCAGAAAUGGCGUCCAAUCAAUAGCAGUCCAUUCAAUAAUAGCGGAAGUAGUGGAAGAACAAUAUAUCGACAUUAG